GACGAACCUGCUGCAGCACCAGAGAUCAACCACAAGAAACUCAAUUUAGAACCUGAAACGAGUUCCGUCAACAACAAAGAAGAAACGGAUGGUUUCGAAACGGCUAGCGAAGGCGAUCAUUCUGAUAGAGGUACCGACUUUGGCGACGACGAACAACAACAACAAGAAAAAUUUGCGCCAUUGACGGCUGUUAAGGAUGAUUCUUAUGAAGAUGCUCUUGAUGAUGAUCAAUUGAAACAGGGAAAGUAUGAUGAGACAGUCAAGGAAUGUUCAAAAGCUAUAGAACUAAAUCCAGCAUAUGUCAAAGCUCUUCUCAGGAGAGGAGAGGCUUAUGAAAAGCUUGAACGAUAUGAAGAGGCCAUCUCUGAUAUGAAAAAAAUAUUGGAAGUGGAAGCUUCAAAUGAGCAGGCUAGGAGGAACAUUGUUCGAAUGGAGCCAUUAGCCCGAGAAAAGGCGGAAAAGAUGAAGGAAGAAAUGAUUGUUGACGGAUCUCAUAGUUGAACAAGCUUUCAGAGAUUGAUUCUCCCAUGGCGGAGCUUUCCAUUUCCGUCUUUCAUCAUGGUCUCAUGGUGGUCAGGACAUUGGUGAUGGAGUUUAUAUUCUAAUAGAAAAAGUCGCUAGAAAGAGUACUGGACUGGCCCUUCCCUGACCCUAUCCUUUCUGUUUACCGAUAUUUUUCUCAAUUUGAAAGUGAAAGGAGUAUUUCUCGUUGCUGAUACUGAAAGUAGAUAAAAUACUAUGAGUUAUUUCUUUUGUGGUGCAGUGUGAUAAUAAUUCUUACUUAUCUGAUCAAGAAGCGCUGCAUGACUAUAUCUCAAGCUCUUGAAUACGUGAGAAGCAAAAGAUCGCAGGCAUCCCCUGAUUCUGGUUUAAUAAAGCAGCUCCGACAGUAUGAACAAUCACUAGGAGAUCAUCUCUUUUGCUUCGCUUAUCAGAUACAAAGACACAAGGAUCAACCAGUCAGGUUGGUUAUCUGACUAUACAGUAACAAAACUAAGUGCAAUUUUGAGACAAUAGCAUAACAUUCCUGCUCAUGGCAUCGUUGCCACCAAAUACAGGGUAUGUAUUUCAGGCUGUGAGAAAUGUAGGUGUAAAAGUCGUUGUCUCAAACUUCGAUACUCGAUUAAGACCUCUGUUGAGGGUUCUGAAUUGUGAACAUUGGUUUGAUGUUAUGAUCGUUUCAGCAAAACUAACUGGCUAUCAGUCGGAUUUUACUUGGAAAUGUCUGUACAUUAUUGAGUUUGAACUGGAUUUCUCUAACGGGUUGCUGCUGAGAAGCCAAAUCCAACAAUAUUUCUGAAGGCGUGUGAUCUUCUGGGUGUAAAGCCAGUGGAUGAUGUUCAUGUUGGUGAGAUCGUAGAAACGAUGUAUGGGGCGCAAGGGUUACAGGCUUCAUGUAAAUAAGUUUAUUUUAACCGUUUCUAAAUUGAACAAGUGAUGUUUGUUAGUUAUGACUUGGACUGAUUUAA